UUGCUGCGGGCGCUGCCGCUCCCACCCGCGAUCGCAACCCAGCAACUCGGAAACGCAACCUGCACACUGGGCUGCGCAGCGUGGGAGGGCUCAGCGAUCCUGAGGGACCGAUUCCGAACUUGCAGGGGACCGCGGCUCUCAGGGGCCUGGAGACUGUGAACAGGAUUGCAGACUCUUCCAAGAUUUACAAUGAUAUGGUGAAUCCAAAGACUGGGACCAGAAAGAUCUUCUCAGCUCUUUAGUUUGAACAUCAGUGAAUUGUCUACCAACACUCGGCAUGGCUAAAAGUGCAGAGGUCAAACUGGCAAUAUUUGGGAGAGCAGGUGUGGGCAAGUCAGCUCUUGUAGUGAGAUUUCUGACCAAACGGUUCAUCUGGGAAUAUGAUCCCACUCUCGAAUCAACCUACCGACACCAAGCAACCAUUGAUGAUGAAGUUGUCACCAUGGAGAUACUAGAUACUGCUGGUCAGGAAGACACCAUUCAGAGGGAAGGACACAUGCGAUGGGGAGAAGGCUUUGUGCUGGCCUAUGACAUUACUGACCGAGGAAGUUUUGAGGAAGUACUGCCACUUAAGAACAUCCUGGACGAGAUCAAAAAGCCCAAGAAUGUGACUCUCAUCUUGGUUGGAAACAAGGCUGACUUGGACCACUCCAGACAGGUUAGUACGGAAGAAGGCGAGAAGCUGGCCACAGAAUUGGCGUGUGCCUUUUAUGAGUGUUCUGCCUGCACCGGCGAAGGGAACAUCACCGAGAUAUUCUACGAGCUGUGUCGAGAGGUGCGUCGCCGGAGGAUGGUCCAGGGCAAGACGAGGCGACGCAGCUCCACCACGCAUGUCAAGCAAGCCAUUAACAAGAUGCUCACCAAAAUCAGUAGUUAGGCAGCUUUCUCCUUGCGAAGGCCCACUGAGAUGGGUCGGGUAAUUGGAAACACUCUCUUGCCACAACCCCCCCCCCCUUUUUUUACUUCCAAAAAUAAAACAAAAUAUUCAAUUUCUGUUCUGACUUGGGGAAAUGUCUGGGCUUCCCAUUAUUCCCAGCCUCUUGUAUGUUGAGAAGUUAUAGAGUGUUUUAUACAGUGUCAAUGCUGACAAUUUCUCCCUUUCCUGCUUAAAUAGCAUACACUCUGUUGCAGUUUGAACAUGUAAUCACUAGAGAUUCUGAAAUGGUUGGGUUCAUAUUAAGCUAUUUUUAGGCAUCUUCACCUUACUUAAAUAGGUUAAAGUCUUUUCAAAGGCAUUUUUAAAUUCUAUUCCUUGUCAAAGACUGCAAAUGAUCAUCUUAAAAGUUGAAGGUAAUAGAAAAUACCUUAUAAACCCAGGAGGAGUAACUGAGAUAUUGGAGCAGGGCUUAGAGCCCUAGGGCUUAUGUGAAGUGAAGGUUUUCAGAAUUAUUUUAAAUCAUCUAGUUUUUCUUUAACCCUAUUUUGUUCUUAAAUUCAAACAUGUUCUCACAAAGUUUUCCAUUGUCAUAGAGAGUUCCAUUUCAUUUUGAGUGGGUUCUCUCAAUGAUCUAUUGAGCAUUGUACCCUAAUUCUUCUUUUGUGGCUCCAACAAGAUUUAAUUAUAACAGAGGCAGCAGGACCCCUCAAUUCAGAUCCUGCUAGGCCAUUUCUCACCAAGCCUAUGGUGAUGUAAAGACAUUAGGAAGCUUUUCACCAAACCCUGACAUUAUUGAAUGAUAAUAGAGGAUUUAGAAUUAGAGAUGUCUGAUUCAUUUCUCUCUCUGCUUAUCAUCUUAGCAGAAAGACGACAGUCCAAAAAACAGGAAAAUUAAGAAUGCAGCUUAACUACCCUUCCAUUGAGGAGCUAAGGCUCUAUUCUGGGCACAGUAAGAAAAAAAUAGCAACAAUGUGAUUCGUUGUUGGCUACAUGACUUCUAAUAUUUUGGAUAAAUUAAUUCACUUAGGAGAAUUUGGAAGAGAAUGAAUGAUUAAAGUUCAUCUUUCUUGAAUAAAUGUGUAUAAAACAGAUUCUUAUAUUGUGAAAGUACAGUCUAUAACUGAUAAAACUUUGUGAUUUUUUUCCCUAUUAUGCCCCCAUAUAUCAAGAUUUGGGCACUUUAUUUUAGAAGAGAAUAUAUAUCUUUUUACAUAUGUGUGUAUUUAUAAAUGCAUAGAUAUAUGUAUAAAAAUUUGGAAGGGUUGGAGGCUUUAAUUCACCAAUGCAUUUGGACAACUUGGUGUAACUGACUAUUUUAUGUGAAUAUAAUAAAAAGCAUA